CUUUCGAUCAGGCCACGCCCCUUUCAGUCCAGGCCCCGCCCCCUCCCCGCUCUCCCCCCUGCCAGUUCCGGUUCCGGCGGCGCCGGCGCGGCCGCAGCGGGAGGAGAGUCCGGGGACGGGGCGGGGGUCGGAGAGAGAAGCCCGCACCGCCCCCGCCGCGAUGCUGCGAGCCCUGCGCCCCUGCCACCCCCUGUGCCACCCCCUGUGCCACCCCCUGUGCCACCGCCCCCCAUCGCAGUCCCGGAGCGCCGGCCCCGCUGCUCCGGAGCGCCCCGAGCCCCCGCGGCUGCCGCUGUGGCAGCGAGCGGCGGUGGCGGGGGCGGUGGCGGGGCUGGCGGGGGCGGGCUGGCUGUACCUGCGGCGGGAGAAGGAGCGGCGGCUGCGGCAGCGGCGGCUCCGGGACCUGCGGGCGCUGGCGCUGGGCCAGGGCGACUUCCAGCUGCAGGACACGAACGGAGCGCCCCGCUCCCGCGCCGACCUGCUGGGCCGCUGGGUGCUGCUGUACUUCGGCUUCACGCACUGCCCGGACGUGUGCCCCGAGGAGCUGGAGAAGCUGUGCCGGGCCGUGGAGCUGCUGGAGGCCGUGCCGGGGCUGCCGCCGGUGCAGCCGCUGUUCAUCACGGUGGACCCGGCGCGGGACGACGCGGCGGCGCUGGGGCGGUACCUGCGCGACUUCCACCCGCGCCUGCAGGGCCUCACCGGCACCCAGGAGCAGGUCCGGGCGGCCGCCGGCGCCUUCCGCGUGUACGUGAGCGCCGGGCCCCCCGACCCCGACGGGGACUACGUGGUGGACCACUCGGUGCUCACCUUCCUGCUGGGCCCCGACGGGCUGGUCCGGGACUGCUACGGCCGCUCCCGCACGGCCGAGGAGCUGGCAAGGAGCGUCAGGGGGCACAUGGAGAGCUACGAGCCGCUGCCCCCCGGGUGACCGGGAAUAAAGGGCGGGGGGAACCCCCGGAA